CGUGGCGCAGCCAGGAAGGCGGGGGAGGAGAGGCCCGGGAGCCUCGCGGCAGCUGGGGAGGGGGCCGCGGCUUGGCGCGAGCUAGCGAGCGAGCGGAACAGCUGAUCUGGUUCUCCCAACGCCAGGGAAGAUGGAAGUCGGCUAGCAGCGACGGCGGCGCUGCGGGCGAAGCGGCAGGCGGCGCGGCAGAGUUCUCAGGGGGCUAACUGGGCUCUCAUACCUCCCCUGUGGCAGCAAUGGGCCAUUUCCAGCAGGGACGGUGCCAUGUCGACCCAAAUGCCUGAAUGCCACUCACCUCCAAAGAGCAAGGAGUCUGAAAAGUGGCAGUGACAGAAGACUCUUGCGGCUGAAGCUGUGGUGCUUGAGGCGGAGGAAGGAGUCUCCUAACUGGUGCCACAUACAUCAGAUGGAUGGUCUCUAGCCUGCUUCCAAACCCGCCCUCGGCUGAGUGCUGGGCAGCACUUCUACAUGAUCCUAUGACGCUUGAUAUGGACGCAGUCCUGUCAGACUUUGUUCGGUCCACGGGGGCAGAACCUGGUCUGGCCAGAGACCUGCUGGAAGGCAAGAACUGGGACUUGACAGCCGCUCUAAGCGACUAUGAGCAACUCCGACAGGUGCACACAGCCAACCUGCCGCACGUGUUCAAUGAAGGGAGGUGUGCCAAGCAGCCCGAGCGAGAAUUGCCCCAGCCGGGGUACAAAGUGGAGCGGCCCUGCCUGCAGAGGCAGGACGAUAUUGCCCAAGCAGAGAAGCGCCUUUCCCGGGGGAUUUCCCAUGCCAGCUCAGCCAUCGUCUCCCUGGCCCGAUCCCACGUAGCCAGUGAAUGCAGCAAUGAGCAGUUCCCACUGGAGAUGCCCAUCUAUACAUUCCAGCUGCCGGACCUGAGCGUGUACAGUGAGGACUUCAGGAGCUUCAUCGAAAGAGACCUGAUCGAGCAGGCCACCAUGGUAGCUCUGGAGCAGGCAGGUCGCCUGAACUGGUGGUCUACCGUGUGCACAAGCUGUAAAAGGCUUCUUCCUUUGGCCACGACAGGGGACGGGAACUGCCUCUUACAUGCCGCCUCACUGGGAAUGUGGGGCUUUCACGACCGGGACCUGGUUUUGCGGAAAGCUCUCUAUACCAUGAUGAGGACAGGUGCUGAGCGAGAAGCCCUGAAGCGGAGGUGGAGGUGGCAGCAGACACAGCAGAACAAGGAGUCAGGGCUGGUGUACACUGAGGAGGAAUGGGAGCGAGAGUGGACAGAGCUGCUAAAACUGGCCUCCAGCGAGCCUCGCACACACUUCAGCAAGAACGGCAGCGGCACGGGCGGUGGUGUGGACAACUCUGAGGAUCCUGUGUAUGAAAGCCUGGAAGAGUUCCAUGUCUUCGUCCUAGCCCACAUACUGCGGAGACCCAUUGUGGUGGUGGCAGACACCAUGCUAAGAGACUCUGGUGGUGAAGCAUUUGCACCCAUCCCAUUUGGAGGGAUCUACCUGCCCUUGGAGGUGCCUCCCAACAGGUGCCACUGCUCGCCCCUGGUUCUGGCUUAUGAUCAAGCGCACUUCUCGGCCCUUGUGUCCAUGGAACAGAGAGACCAGCAGAGAGAACAAGCCGUCAUCCCCCUGACGGAUUCGGAGCACAAGCUGCUGCCCUUGCAUUUUGCAGUGGACCCCGGAAAGGACUGGGAGUGGGGAAAAGAUGAUAACGACAAUGCCCGGCUAGCCCACCUCAUCCUGUCUCUAGAAGCCAAGCUGAACCUUCUACACAGCUACAUGAAUGUGACAUGGAUCCGCAUCCCCUCUGAGACCCGGGCUCCCCUUGCACAGCCAGAGUCUCCAACAGCCUCAGCAGGGGAGGAUGUGCAGUCCCUGGCCGAAUCACUGGACUCGGACCGCGAUUCUGUGUGCAGCAAUUCCAACAGCAAUAAUGGCAAGAACGGUAAGGACAAGGAGAAGGAGAAACAGCGCAAGGACAAGGACAAGACGCGCGCAGACUCCGUGGCCAACAAGCUGGGCAGCUUCAGCAAGACGCUGGGCAUCAAGCUGAAGAAAAACAUGGGCGGGCUGGGCGGCCUGGUGCACGGUAAGAUGGGUCGCGCCAACUCUGCCAAUGGCAAGAACGGCGACAGCGCCGAGCGCAGCAAGGAGAAGAAGUCCAAGUCGCGCAAGGGCAGUAAAGAGGAAUCGGGAGCGUCGGCUAGCACCUCGCCCUCGGAGAAGACCACGCCGUCGCCCACGGACAAGGCGGCGGGAACGUCGCCGGCCGACAAGGGCAGCGGGCCAAGGGGCGACGCCUGGAAGUACAGCACAGACGUGAAGCUGAGCCUCAACAUCCUGCGCGCCGCCAUGCAGGGCGAGCGCAAGUUCAUCUUCGCUGGCCUGCUGCUCACCAGCCACCGGCACCAGUUCCACGAGGAGAUGAUCGGCUACUACCUGACCAGCGCGCAGGAGCGCUUUAGCGCGGAGCAGGAGCAGCGGCGCCGGGACGCUGCGGCAGCAGCCAGCACCACGGCCACGGCCACCGCCACAACCAAGCGACCGGCGCGCAGGCCCGAGGCUGAGGGGACGCCAGGCCCGGAGCGCGCCUCGCCGGGCCCGCCAGCCGCGCCGCCCACGCAGCUGGUGCUCAAGCUCAAGGAGCGGCCGAGUCCGGGAUCUAGCGCGAACGCGCGGGCGACGCGGGCGGCGGGUGGUGCGGCGUCCCCGGGCCCGGGCGGUGGCGCGCGUCGCGCGGGAACCGGCACGGGUGGCCCGGCCCCAGGCCGCAGCCCACCCGCGCCCGCGCGCCAAAGCGUCAUUCACGUACAGGCGGCCCGGGACGAGGCGUGCGCGCCGGCCGUGGGCGCGCUGCGACCGUGCGCCACCUACCCGCAGCAGAACCGCUCACUCUGGUCCCAGAGCUACAGCCCGGCGCGCGGCGCCUUGCGUACAGUCAACACGGUGGAGUCGCUGGCGCCCGGCGGAGCGGACUCCCCGGGGCCCGCGGAGCACAAGUCGCAGACCUACAGCAACGGCUUCGGCGCGGCCCGCGACGGCCUGGAGUUCGCCGAUGCCGACGCGCCGGCCACGCGCUCGAACGCAGAGUGUGGCCGCGGUGGCCCCGGGCCCGCUCAGCGGCGCUGCCAGCGAGAGAACUGCGCGUUCUACGGGCGCGCCGAGACCGAGCACUUCUGCUCCUAUUGCUACCGCGAGGAGCUGCGGCGGCGGCGCGAGGCGCGCGCUGCGCGGCCCUGAGCCGCCCGAGACUGCUUUUUCCAUCCUGUGGGUCUUUUUUUUAACUUGCUCUGGUCAGCCGAAGGGCCGGCGCCUCCUCCUCGGUCAGUGCCGUGUAUGUGUUUGGUCAAACGUUUCUAAUGGUGCCUGAACCUACACUGAUGCCACUCAGGUAGUAGACGGAUAGGAAACAAGUCAUACUGUUGAAAGUGGGUGUGCUAGCCUAGCAUCUGCCUCGUACCUGUGGAAACUCAAUAGCCAUUGCAAGAGUAUUUUUGUUCCUCUAUAUGAGAAAUAAAGAAAAUCGCAGCCCUUUGUUUUUAGAAGGGAGUGUUUUACAUGCUUCCCCCUCCCCAACCUAGGGACUGACCUCUUCCAAGUAGCGGUCACAUGCGUGCAGUUGGUAGCACGCAGGGUUUAGAUACAAACGCGCAGCCAGGCCUGAGGGGAGCCACCUCCGCGGCUCCCAUGUCCUUCCCACCUGGGUCCCUGAAGACCUCCAGCAGGCACUUCGCUACCCGCUGACGCUGACCCCUUAGGACUCCCCAGCUCCAUCUCAUAAGCAAAUCCUCCCACAGACCCCGGCUCGAGCAACAUUCACACUGCCAUCCAAGCCACGGGCGACCACAGAAUGGGCACCGGACAACCUACCUCUCAGGGCACGGUGAGGUGUAGCGAUCGCUCCAGUGCAGAGCAGCUCCUGUCACAGGAGCUUCCCAGAGACACUUGGGGGUGCGAAAAAGCAGGGUCCUGAACUCCUGCUCAUAUUGGCCCACCUAUGAGCCAGAGUGACAGGCUGCUCGUGUCUCCUUUGAAGACAUGUGUACAGUGGACUGUCGCUGGAGGGUCCCUUAGGAGGUGAUAUCACAUCCGUGCCCCAGAGGAGGGGACAGAAUUUACCCCUUGGUCACUGUGUCGGCCCCAAAGUGGGCUGCUUUGAACCCAGCCUGGCCUCCUUCCCUAAGGUAGGGGCUGAGAGAGGGCCGGGAGGAAACUACCCCUCCUCCACCUGCAUCUGUCAGGGUUCAGCCAGGUUAAAGGGCUCUCUGCUGGUGGAGCCCCUUCACGGGGCAGGUGGCCCUGCUCCUGGCUCCAUGCCACAUUGAGGGAGCAGCCCAAUCUCUGAGCAGUCUCCUUUCUGGUGCCUCCUACAUUUCUUGAGGAAAAUUUAAAAAAUAAUAAUGUGUCCUUAGCUACCCUAUUUUGAGCAGCAAUAUGCAGCCUCUUCCUUCAAGAUUACCUCCGCAGACCACUGUUCUUGACCAAGGACACCGCGGGGCUAGCCUGCCUCACUAAAGAGCAAGCUUGCUUCCAGGAAAUACGGAGAAGAUGGGUAAAAUCCUCGCUAACGAAACAAUACUUUCAUACCUGUGAGAGCUUUAGACCAGCCCCUCACCCCCCCACCCUAAAACAGGAGAAAGCACCUGCUUCCCCCUCAGAGAGCGCAGGAGAGGGGUCCCACCUUCACUGGUGCCAGCCUCUCCUCCUGAAAGCAUGUUUCAUCCUGUGACAUCCAGAGCAGCAAGAGCAGAAAAAAAAAAAAGGAAAAAUAAAAAGUUUUCAAAAAAUGGGGAGGGAAUUUUUUUUUACCUGUUUGGAAGAUGAUAAUAAAAUAACUGAGUAUCUCCUGUGAAUACUUACUUUUUGUUUUUAAUUAUUCCACAGCCUGUGGAGUUUUCAGUAAUGUAUUCAAGUUUUGCAUAAAGUGGUUCCUUAAAUCAAAAUUAUUUAUUAAAUAGACUCUUUAAGAAGUUUUUUCAAAGUUUUGUUUUUGUGUUGAACAGAUGCUUUAAGUGUGUGGUAAUAACUAAUAUUCAUGACCCCGACAGUACUGGGGUUUCUUUUGUUACUCAGAAAAAAAAAAUAUUCUCAGAAAAGUCUCUCACUGAGAGGGUUUGUGGCAGCUUUUUUUGGGGGGGAGGGGGCUGGUUUCUUUUGAACACAUCACCUGAACAGCUCUUUCAUCCUCCAGCGCUGUAGGUCACAGAAGCCUCUGCUUCCAGCAAAGCGGGCUGCUCUAGCUCAUGCCUCAUCCCUCAGAGCACCCACCUGAUAUUUCAGUGUGUAUUCAGAAACCCAGUGCGUAGACACAGGAGGCGGGUAUUCAUGUUUGCCUCUCUCAUACUGUGAUGUUAAAACAACCAACAAGAAAUUUCCAAACCUGGCUAUGCAAAUCCUUCAUCUUUCUCAUGCCCUCUGCCAGAAAAAAAAAAAAGUAACAAAUAGGACAGAGGAUUAAAGUAGUUCAUUGUAAUAAACCCUCCCAAACGGGGUAAUGAUAUGUACUCUUGAAGCGUGACAGCAGAUCCUGUCUCCUUCAUUGCCAAGUUACUUCUCCUCCCCCAUCUAAUGAUGAAUGUGCCAUACAGAAGAGCCUGCGGCAUAGACCCAGACUGCAGACUGGCCAUCCUGGCCGAAUAAAAGGUCCCAGCCUCUCAACUUGGUCUCAUUGGGCUAGACAAGGUGGAGCAGCGGUUGGGGCCUGCUCCAAACAGUCCACGUGGUUAAGAGUAGCCAUUGCCUUCUGAGAGAAGAGCAGCUUCUGUGUAGUAUUAAAAGUGGAGAGAGGCCAGUGUAGUGUGAACAUAUUGUUUCUGUGUGCCCGCAGCCUGCCUCGUGAUCUUAAAACAGGUGACUGCUGUGCCCUCUGGCCAUGCUUAGUGGCUGGAGACAGAAACACGUUGACCAAAUUCCCCAAGAUCUCUCUUUGACUGGGCAGCCUUUUGUGGACCAAAGAAAGGGACGAAGAUAGGGAGUCCCAACUGAUGUGCUGAGGGACACUGCCCACGCCAGUAGUGAGCAGUGCUCCACAUCUGAUCUGGCCAGACUUUCCGAGAGAGAUGGGUGUCUCUAAGCAACCAUAAAUGUCCAGGAGAACUGAUAUUUCUAAGCCCUGUGGAGAUUAUUUCAGAGGUUCACAGUUCCUUCCCAGGCAUCGCCUAGGGGUGAUUUUAUUACUUUGGCAAGGGAAGUAGUUUUUGAGUGUAUUCUGUUUAUAGACUUUAGGCACUGUUGCGCUCAAGUUUUAUAGGCCAACUUGAAACUGUACUAUACGAGUUAUUUUUAUACGACACUCAGACGUGCACCCUUCUUUUCACAGGGUUGUCCCUUGGAAGAGUGAAUCGGGGUGGGCGGGGCUGCCCUGUGGGCUGGUGGAGUCUCGGCGCCUUUGUGCGGACCCUCUGACACUGGGACCGUGUAAAUGUCUUCUCCGUCUUGACUGAGCUCUUAGUUUGUUUUCUUCUGUGUACGGGUUCGUGGUGCUGCAUCUUUCUUAUCGAUGAAAAAUUUGUCCCUAAGUUACCGUGUCCCUUUCCUUACCUAUUAGUACCCAGUGCCAUUUGAACCUAUUGUUUUCCAAAUUUAAUGGUAUCCAAAAUAACUUACAAAUUCUGCUAGCUUAUUGUCAUGAGUAUCCCACUAUAACAGAAGAUGAAAGAGCCACCCCAGUGCAGGCCUCAGGGUGUGGAGUCCCCCAUGAGGUCAGUACAAGCCCCAAGGCGCUGGGCAGAGCCAGCUGUAGCAAGGCCCUCCCUUUGCAUCUGUAAGUUUAUUUUGCAAACUCUCCUAACGGCAAAACCAGACCUUUCCUAUCAAAAUAUAUUCCACAUUGAUUGGGGAAAAAUAAACAAGGAGGUGGGCAGGGUUGUAGACAUUGGUGCUGGGGAAUUUGUGAAAGACAGAAAAAGGAGAGUGGCGGAUGCACUGUGUGGGUCUUCAUUGUUUAUAUCAAGGCUUGGAGUAAAGCUAAGGGCACCUUCCUCGUGUUUGAGGUUUCUUUGUGACAUGCUGUUUGCCCCUGAUCAUAGAAAGGACUUUGCAUAUCGGUUCCUCCCAAGUUCUUUGCUUCCAAGGCUUCUAAUAAGGAGAAAGUAUUUUGGUAACUGAGUGAGCUAGCUCUGGCCUUAACCCACGUGACAUAGAAGAGUGGCCCAGGUCCGAGCUCUUGGAGGCUCCUGCUCUUGUCCUUUGAAGAGAAGCACUUGUGAGAAAUCCGGAGGUUGGCUGGUCCUCCUGGCCCCAGGAAACAGGCAGUCCCUUCCCAAAAGCCUUACGUGGCAGCUCUCCAGACCUCUGAGCACCCCGCCUCUCUUUGCUAAUCCAUGUGGAUGGAGGUCUUCAGGGCAGAGACCCCCACUUCCUUCUUGCUGCCUUCAGAUCCUCCCUAUUGGCCAGGCCUAUGGGGCAGCACUGGUUCUGUUGAUCUAAAGCCUGGUUCUGAAGAGUUAACCUUGCUCUCACAGGGCUGGGGCCAGGUAGUUCAUCCUAGAGGCUCUGUACUCCACAGGGAUGCUGGGAGUGGCCCACCCCAGACCUCCUCUGUGAAGAAUGUCUCUAAGGAAGACCAGGAGUCUCGGGACAACUCCCAACAGCAGACAAGAUCAUCUGAGAGUUUUCAGCGUGGGGUGAGGUAUAUCCGCAGCACACAGGCUGGUGCUUUCCCCAAAGAGCCAGCCCUCCUCCCACUCCACUGCCACGUAGAGAAGAGGGAGGGAGGCACCCUACAGAGAUGCCUGAGGAUCUGCAGGAGUGCAUGGUCUGUAUGGGUGUGGAACAUGUAAUUACAGGGCACACUCAGAAGCCAUCAUCCCCAAACAUGCUAGCUGUAUGGCCCUUUCUAAUAAUGCAGAAUAAUUCAUUAAAAUUUGGAUUUUUACUAUUUUAGUUUAAAAAUUUUUUUAAAGAUCACAACCCCUAAUUAUGUUUAAAUGAAACGAUGCAUACUGCUGUGUGUUAUUCCUCCAGAGAAUAUCUCAUAGAAGUGUGUGUGCAUAUACAUGCAUAUUAGGUAUAUACAUGUAUAUUCUGUUUAACAUCAGGUGAGGAAUAUCAGUUGGUUUUAAUGGAAUCUGCUCAAAACCAAAGCAGUGAAAUCAGCCAUUUCAGAAUCUGUCUCCACAUUCUGAAGGAUAGCUUCCCAGGAGAACACAAUUUCCAUGACAUAGUAAGAGCCAAGAUUUUACAAAGCCUGCCCUGAACAAGUGUGUUCUUGGCCAGAGACGGGGUCAUCUGAUUACCAGGCAGUCUCUGGCCUCAGGGCCUUUGUAUAUGUUGUUCCUCCUGUUCUUCACUGCCUACUCUUCUUCACUUCACCGCCGCCCUUCAGCAAGGCCUCCUCCAACUUGGCUAUAUAGGAAGCUGAUAUGUCCCACCCUCCCUACCAUGUUCAGCUUCCUCUCAUAGCCCCUGGUCAACAACUCAUUCAUUCGGUAUACCACAGCCCCCAGGUUCCCAUAGAAUGUAAGCUCCAUGCGGGCAGGACUUCCCAUAUAUCUUGUCCACUGCUGUGUCCUGGUGCCUCCAGGGGUGCCUGACACACACUAGGCACUGGAUAAAUACUGGUUGAAGAAAAGAAAUGAGAUCACUCAUUUGAUACACCACAAAAUGUCAGUUUCAUUCUUCAUCAAGUCCUGAUUUUUCUGCUACUGUUACAUAUAAAAACUGUGAGCUGGUUAGGUGGUCUGGGUCAUCAGGACUAGAGGUAUCAAGUGACUAGAUAUGGCAGCUUAUCAUUGAUAACAGCAGUGGUCACCGUCCGUCUCAGAGUGGGCCCUGUAGCCAAGCCUUUCCUCACAGUGGGGCUCUGCUAUUUAUUUGCAGGGGGCAUUUUGAGACAAGCAGAGAUAAAAAUGGUCCAUAGCGGGUAGCUCAUAGUAUGAGAUGCACUAUGGAGAGACCCAUCAUACUGGCUAUAAUGUCAUUGGGGACGCCAACCAUUCCAAAGGAGCCUUUCUAAUCGAUUCCUAGGUAUCCAUCUGUCCUUCCUGUACCAGACACAGUGGCACAGGUGUCCCAGCCCAGAUGAAGGAUUCGUUCUCCAGUUACCAAAACGCGGGCAGCGAAAGGAAAGGAAGUGAUCACUCUGGUGAUUUGGGACGGUGGUGGGAGUCACUGGGUGUGACACUGGGUGUGCACUGGAAUGACAGAAAGCCACACACACCUCCAUGGGCCUAGGACACUAAUGGAGACACCCUGCACUCGACCUCACCCACCAAAGGGACUGCUGCUCCAAAGACUAUUCCUUCUGCCAGGUAUUUUCACAGCUACCUAACCACACUGUUUACUUCCUGGUCCUUUGGCCAAAUUCAUUUUCCUCUAAGAAUCACUGGCAAAACGCUGUUACAGGCUGCUUAUUGGGCCUUUAUCCUCCCGGGGCCUGUUGUAAAGGCUGUGUCCUCUUUUAUCUUCCGUGGUUCUUGCUUUCAUCUCUCUGGAUGCUAUACUGUAGGGUUCCUCUCAGGUCCCUUCUGCAUCUGUCCAGCUGUGCAAAUGGGCACUUGCACGUGUGUCCCCAUACUUGAAUUGCCAAAUAUGUGAUACUCCUUUCACUGCUGCCUGAGCAACUUGGGCCCCUGCUCCUGCCAGGACUCAGAGGGGACAUAGCUUCCCAGAGGGUACUGCUCACCCUGGCGAGUGCUCAGGGGCGGCCCAACUCUCAGCCUCUGUGUGAGCACAUCAGAGCUUGAAUGAUGGUUUGGCAGUGAGAGGAGGGCAGCACUCACCCAUGACCCAAGCUAGGGCAUAGGCAUGAGCACAGUCAUGUCUAAGAGUCCAGCACAGAGACCAACCUGCCUCCCACAGAGCCAGGAUCAUGGAGCUCAGCUCUGCCAUAGCCCCAGGUGGCAGACACUGGGCCCCCCAGUGACACAAAGAAAGGAACACUUAGGCGCAGAAAGCAGGCUCAACUGAGUCCAAGCAGGGACUAAGCUUGGUGACCCAUCACUGCCUCAUGGACAGAGCCUGCACUCCAUCCCCCCUCAUUUUUGACAAACUGGCCUCCAUGUAACUGGAAGCAUUGAUGCUGAUUAUAACAAAGGAUUCCUCAGCCUGUGCUUGCCUAGUUCCUUUAAAUGGGCAUUUAGCCUCACACAAUCAUGAAUUCUCUCUCUCUCUCUCUCUCUUUCUCUCUCUCUCUCUCUCUCUCUCUCUCUCUCUCUCUGGACUGAUUUAGGGAUGAAAUAGAUUGCUUUGUUUUCUAUUUAUUUUAUUAUUGUGGACAAAGAAAAACACUGAGGCAAAAAUAGGUCAUAGAUCACCAUGUUUCAACCAAGUUGUUCAAAAAAUUCUUUCUGCCCACAUGUUGAGUGUUCAUGCUAAUUCCAUACAAGUCUUCUCUUCCAUCUGGUCCAUUGUCAGUGAAGAAACCCAUUGUAAGCGCUGUCUAAAGUGAUGAGGUCGCUCCUUUGUGAAGUAUUAAAGCACCGAACCGAUUUUUGCAAUAUGUAGUAAACCUUGCUUUCAUUUUGGAAAACUCCCAGUAAUGACCUACUGCACUUUUUUUUAUAGAAGAACAGUAUUUCAUUCCUUUCUUUUAUGAAAGAUUAUUUUAAGUAAAAAUAGCUCUGUAACCCGUGUGACGUGGCUUCUCCAUUACUUGAUACAGAGGAGCUUUGAUGCCGACUCAAUAAAACGACCGUGUUUGU